AUGUAUAAUAACUUGGCAGCGAAAACAAUUAAUUGGAAAUAGUCGAAAAAAGCAGGUCUCCAGAAGUUGAAAAUGUAAUUGGAUCUUUAAAAAUCCAUUUAUAAUCACUAAUCCUUUAUAGAGUAAAUUAAAUCGUUAUAGAGAUUUACAAUACUGAUAAUCUAGUUUAGUAUUUUCCACUUUAUUUAUCAACCAAUCAAUAUUAUGAGUCCAAAUUUUAAAAAAAAUGUUAAUUUUCUAAAUAUCAUUACACCUAUAUUAGCUUUCUUUUAGAAUGGAUUGGAAUCUAUCUAUUUAUAAUUAGAUGAUAAAUGUAAAUUACAAUUUCAUACAUUUGAUUAACAAAUUGGCAAAUAAAAUAUCAUGUAUAUGUUAAUAGUAUUUAUUAAAGAAAUAUUGAAAUUUGUCUCAAAAACUUAAUUUAUCAAAUGAUAGAUUAGAUUAACAGUUAAUGCAAAAGUAGUUCUAAGACUAUAUAGUUGAACUUGUGAUAAACUCUUGAUAUAAAAUUGUAUUUAUAGAUGCCGAGUUGUCAAGAUUUUGAGAUCAAAGGAAUAUAAGAAAAGAUCCCUUAAUGUGUUAAUAUUCUUUGAGUUUACGAACUCAGGUAAAAGGCUGAGUUAUUUCAAGGUAC